ACGGACGAAAUGCAUCUGAACUAAACGGAGCACAUCCACAAAAACCAAGACUCAUCUUCCUCCCUCGUCUUUCUCUCCUUCGCCUCCAAAGAAAAAAAAAUGGCGAGCUCGCUUCUCACCUCGACGCCACUGUCCUCAUCUUUCUUACCUAUUCCUCGGAAGCUGUUUGUUCAUGGACAUUGUCUGAGCCAAAGAACUCUCGGGUAUGGCCGGAAGCAAUCGUCUCUCUGUGUUCGUGCCGCAAAACUCCCUCAAGGGGUGAUAGUGCCAAAAGUGGAACCCAAGUUCGAACCAGCGUUUCUGGGAUUCACAUUUACAGCUGAGAUAUGGAACUCUAGAGCUUGUAUGAUUGGUCUCAUCGGAACUUUCAUUGUUGAGCUGAUUUUGAACAAAGGAAUACUUCAAAUCAUUGGUGUUGAUGUUGGAAAGGGGCUUGAUCUUCCUCUCUAAUUUUGCCAUUCUUCUUCUUUACAAGCUUCUUUUUCUUAUUUCUUAUGGAAUUCAACAAUCUAAGAGCUUUCUUACAAGUUAUUAAGUUUUCAGCAUUGCAUAUAAACACAUACUGUGAGAACUGUUCUGAUUC